AUGUUCACUGCUCCCAUUAAGGCAAAUAGCUCUCGUGUUGGCGCCGCCGCCUCUGGCGCUGCUGCCUCCGCAAUUGGCGCUGUCAGAACUGAGGUCUCUCUUCCAGACUUGGACUGGGAGUUCGAUGCCUUGGAGCCAUACAUCUCCGGCCAGAUCAACGAGAUCCACUACACCAAGCACCACCAGACCUACGUGACCGGCUACAACACUGCAAUUGAGCAGUUUGCUGAGGCUAAGCAAAAAGGGGAGGUCAAGAAAACCAUUGAGUUGCAGAAGCUCAUCAACUUCCACGGCGGCGGCUACACCAACCACUGCUUGUUCUGGAAGAACUUGGCUCCAAAGAACCAAGGUGGUGGUGAGCCACCUUCGGAGGAUUCUGAGCUCUCCAAGAGAAUCAAGGAGCAGUAUGGCAGUCUUGAGAACUUGCAGAACAUCACCAACGCCAAGUUGGCUGGCAUUCAGGGUUCUGGCUGGGCUUUCAUUGUGAAAAACAAGGAAAACGGUGGUGCUUUGGAUGUUGUCACCACUGCUAACCAAGACACUGUUACCGGACCAUUGGUGCCAUUGGUUGCUAUUGAUGCUUGGGAGCACGCUUACUACUUGCAAUACCAAAACGUCAAGGCAGACUACUUCAAGGCCAUCUGGAAUGUGAUCAACUGGAAGGAAGCCGAAAAGAGAUAUGUUGUUAACUAA